UUGCAGAGCUCAGGGCUGCGUUUGCACUAUGUCACAGCUGGCCAGGAGGAGGUGCAGCUCAUGCUGUGUCUGCAUGGAUUCCCCUAGAACUGGUUUGCCUGGCGCUCACUGCAGGAGUUCAAGAGGCAGUUCCGGGUGGUGGCGCUUGACCUGCGGGGCUAUGGGGGUUCAGACGCCCCACGCGGGAAGCAGCAUUACCAGAUGGAGACCCUGCUGGCGGAUGUGCAUGGUGUCAUCCAAGUGCUGGGCUUUACCAAGUGUAUCUUGGUGGGGCAUGACUGGGGUGGCGCCAUUGGAUGGGAGUUCGCUAUGAAUCACCCCGACAUGGUGGAGAAGCUCAUUAUCAUGAAUGCCACCUACUCGUCCAUUCUUAAAGAGUACAUAGCUGGCCACCCCUGCCAGCUGCUGCGCUCCAGCUACAUAUUCAUGUUCCAGCUGCAGAGGCUGCCUGAGCUGCUCUUGUCUUUGGGUGACUUCCAGCAGCUGUUGAAGGACACUUUGGCAGGCAGGAAGGGAGGAAUCCAGAAUCCCAAGUGGCACCUGACAGCACAGGAACUGGAGGCCUACAUAUUCGGCCUCUCCAACAGGAGCCCUAUGCAGUGCAAGGGCAUGCUGGUGCCCAUGCUGGUGAUCUGGGGGGAGGAGGACGUGUACCUGGAGGCUGGGAUGAUUCCCCUCCUGGAGCAGUAUGCGUGCAAGUGCUGCCGCGUGGGGCGCAUCCCUGAGGCCAGCCACUUCGUCAGCGAGGACCAGCCUGACAAGGUCAAUCAGCUGAUCUGGAGCUUCCUGCAGGAGAGUGAUUGA